GACAAAUUCGAGGAAAUUCUGUAUCAUUUGUUGCCUUGUCAACAUGCCAUGGACUUCAUGGGAUGUUCUAUGAUGGAAAUCAUACUUACCUUAUUGAGCCAGAUGAAAACUACACUUCAGAUGAUGACUCCCAUUUCCACUCUGUUUACAAAUCCAAGUUGCUUGAAAUUCCUUUGGAUGACCUGCCAUCUGAGUUCUGGCAAAUGAACACCACGUCGGAGGARUUUGUUGUAAAGCCAAGACACAGAAGACGUAAAAGGCAGGUUCGUCAGAUUCCACGUAAAGUUGAAGAGGAAACAAAAUACAUUGAGCUAAUGAUUGUAAAUGAUCAUCUAAUGUAUAAAAAGCACCGCUUGUCAGUUGGCCAUACAAAUAGCUACGCUAAAUCAGUUGUCAACAUGGCAGAUUUAAUCUAUAAAGAACAACUUAACACCAGGAUAGUAUUGGUUGCCAUGGAAACCUGGGCUACUGAUAACAAGUUCGCCAUAUCUGAGAACCCCUUAGUGACCCUACGUGAGUUUAUGAAAUAUAGGAGGGAUUUUAUCAGAGAGAAGAGUGACGCAGUUCACCUCUUUUCGGGGAGCCGAUUUCAGAGCAGUCGGAGCGGCAUAGCCCACACUGGUGGAAUCUGCUCCUUGCUGAAGGGUGGAGGUGUCAAUGAGUUUGGAAAACCAGACUUAAUGGCAGUUACGCUGGCACAGACUUUAGCCCAAAAUAUUGGCAUUUUCUCAGACAGAAGAAAAGUAUUAAGUGGUGAAUGUAAGUGUGAAGACACAUGGUCUGGCUGCAUAAUGGGAGACACGGGGUAUUAUCUGCCAAGCAAGUUCUCCAAGUGUGAUAUUGAAGAAUAUCAUGAAUUUUUAAACAGUGGAGGUGGAGCCUGCCUUUUCAAUAAACCCACCAAGCUUUUGGAUCCUCCAGAAUGUGGCAAUGGUUUUGUGGAAGAGGGGGAAGAAUGUGACUGUGGGACUAUUGCAGAAUGCGCCAGCGAAGGAGGCGAGUGCUGCAACCUGUGCACCCUGACGGCCGGCUCGCAGUGCAGCAACGGGCUCUGCUGCAGGAGGUGUCGGUUUGAACCUAAAGGAGUUUUGUGCCGGGAAGCAGUGAAUGAUUGUGAUAUUGCAGAGAACUGCACAGGAAAUUCCAGUCAGUGUUCUCCAAAUAUUCAUAAAAUGGAUGGAUAUUCAUGUGAUAACAAACAGGGUAUUUGUUUUGGAGGAAGAUGUAAAACCAGGGACCGACAGUGUAAAUAUAUCUGGGGUGAAAAAGUGACAGCUGCUGACAGGUACUGCUAUGAGAAACUSAAUAUUGAAGGGACUGAGAAAGGAAACUGCGGGAGAGACAAGGACUCUUGGAUACAGUGCAAUAAACAGGAUGUGCUUUGUGGUUACCUUCUAUGCUCCAAUAUAUCUAGUGUGCCCAGGCUUGGAGAGCUUGAUGGUGAAAUCACAUCAUCAGUCUUGCAGUUUGGAAAAGUAUACAAUUGCAGUGGUGGCCACGUGAAGCUCGAUGAGGAUACGGACCUGGGCUAUGUGGAGAACGGGACGCCGUGCGGGCCCAACAUGGUGUGCUUGGAGCAUCGGUGUCUCCCCACCGAGUCCUUCAACUUCAGCACCUGCCCAGGCACCACAGAAAACCAAAUUUGUUCAGGGCAUGGUGUUUGUAGCAAUGAAAUAAAGUGCGUCUGCGACCGAUUUUGGGGAGGAGAUGACUGCAGUACCCACAUCAAAGAUGAUAUGUAUUUUGAUAAAGAGGCCCUCAGAAAAGGUGUUGUGAGCACAAACAUAAUAAUAGGGGCAAUUGCUGGCACCAUUUUAGUGUUGGCUCUGGUUUUAGGAAUAACUGCUUGGGGCUACAAAAAUUACAGAAGACAGAGACAAAUACCCCAGGGAGAUUAUGUAAAAAAGCCUGGAGAGGCCGACUCUUUUUAUAGCGACAUGCCUCCUGGAGUCAGCACAAACUCUGCAUCUAGUUCUAAGAAGAGGUCAAAUGGAUUAUCUCAUUCCUGGAGCGAAAGGAUCCCAGACACAAAACAUAUUUCAGACAUCUGUGAAAAUGGGAGACCUAGGAGUAAUUCGUGGCAAGGACGCUUUCUCCUGCAAAGUCUCCUUCUUCAUCCACUGGAUCUAUUGCUUCCAGCAGAAAAUAUCCUUACCCAAUGCCACCACUUCCUGACGAGGAGAAGAAAGCCAACAGGCAAAGUGCCAGGCUCUGGGAAACUUCCAUUUAGCUCUGCUGGUUCCUGGGCCAGAACUGUUUCCUGCAGGUUUUGUAGGAACUCGGCCUCACUGAGUCGUUGCACAUUCAUCUGAUCUUGAGACAACUUGAAAGAUCCACAGAGACGCCAGUGAUCGUGGUGACAACCUCCUCUCAUUUGGAAGGGAAAAGGCAGUCCUUUUUUUUUUGACUAGGAUUUUAUGAAUUCGAUGUAAAGAACAACCAAAAUGAUAACAAUUAACAGGGGAUAAUUAGACUGGAUGUGACCUGGCUCUUCCGCAUGAUGACAAAUACACUUAUAUAGCGUUACAGCUGCAGUCAAUUUGCAAGUCCCAAGUAAYAGAGGUUUUCCUUUGGUUUAAUGCAGUUCCACGUUAGAGUAAACCGGAAUUGGGAAGGAGCGCUCUGAAGAACGCAGCCGGUGUAAACAUGUUCGCUGUAUGCAUGAACCUUGUGUUCUUUACUUUCCACAWGUAAGGGAAAAACAACAUACCGUAGUAGAAAUUAGCAUGCAGGAGUAAGAAAUAUAGGAUUUUUGUGACAGGAUCUCAAGCUUUGAAAGGCAAAUAUUUUACAUAAACUUCAAACAAACAAGGGUUAUUUUGUUUUUUUUUUACCUUACGUGUUUAUAAUCUCAAUUAUACAGAUUGUAUAUAUGUAAACAUUUGAUAAUGUCAAAAAUCACUGUUACACAUAAGUAUAUUUUGCCAAAUGCCUAAAGAAACAGUCAUGACUAACAUCAUCACACUUCAAAUUUUUUAAUGUUAUGAGCAGACAACUUUGGAAAUACAGAAGAUACAGUACUGUAAAAAUGCGUCUCUCAGAAACUGGUGUUUGACCAAAAUCUGCGCUAUCUUUUAAACAACYGACAAUCUCAAUUGUAUUGUAGAAAGCAGAAAUCAGAGUGCAGUGACACUGUGUCUUAGAUCAUCAUCAAAAGAACCAGCCAAAAUACAUUACUCGCUGAUGACCAGUGUAUCCUCAUGCAGCUGUAACCGURACUAGUUCUGCAGACCACAGAGAACGAGUGUUUUAACUAAUGUUGAGUACAAACUGGAAGGUUGGGAAUGCUGCUGGGCAGUCAGUGCAGGCUGUGGUGACCUCAUUUUGGUGACAUUUACUGUUUGUAUUUGGUAAAGCAUUUGAGACACUGCUUUAGAUGGCAAGGUGUAGCUUAUGAGAGGCAAAAUGAUUUCACUACAUAGAUAAUAAAAAUGCCGGGCAAGUUUCGUUACUGUUUUUAUUUUGUAUGUGUUACUGGAAUCUCCUUUAUCAUGUUUUACAAUACUAUGCUACCUGUCCCUGUAAUCCCUUUUACAAUUUGUUUGGGCCUUAAGCUCAGUACUAGUGAGCUUAGCCCCCUCUGCCCUCACAAAAAUCCUGGAAAAAAAAUCCUGGAAACAAAAUGGCCUUUUCCAUGGAAAUGUUGGUUUUGUGCAUAGACAGGUGGUGAUCGUCUGACUGCCAGUGUUAAGGCCUGAAAGAUAUUUUGUUCUGAGGUUUCUAGUACCCAAGACUUCUAAAGGAUAUCGUAAAAUAAAUGUGGUCAUUUGAUAGAAAAUUUUUGUUCAGCAAGAAAAACGGGCCAUACUAAAUCAGUUUGUAACUCUCCAUCUCUCCAAAAGCAACAAAUUCGUAGCCUCAGGUAGUAACGUUACAGAAUAAACCUUCUGUGUCUGUAAGGUGCGGUAGAAUACCUUGUCCAAUAGCCGUAUGAACAAUUAGAUAUUACUAUGACAGGAGCAUCCAAGGUGUUUCUGGAGUCUUCUACCUCUUUCAUGUAUUUCCUUUAGUAAGUGGACACAACACUUGCAGCCUUUUAAUAUUUUUUUUUAACUUUUACGUCUCUCAAUAAAGUUGAAUAUAUAUAAGGUUAAAUUAAGAAAUUUUUACAGAUGUCAGCAGCUGUAAAGUGUGUAAGAUUUUUAGAAGCGCUAUAUUUUAUGGUUAGACUGUGUGCUAGAUUAUAACAAAAUACAGGCCUUGAAGUUGAAACCAUUUCCUUCACAGUCACAAGGUUCUGGUAAGUAUUAGGGAGAUACAAAUGAGCAAGGGUAGCGUAUGYAGACAGGCUCUCUGCAGGGAGCUUGUCACUUCUUAUUGCUUUAGGAAAAGCCCUCUUCACUUUUGUGAAGAGUAAAUGUCUUGUAAGCACUGAAGAAUAUUUUUUUGCAGAGAUUUACUUUGAAUGUAGGUAGCUGGAUUAAAGAUGGUUGAUAGUAUAUAGGUCAUGAAAUUAGGGCCUGACCAAGAAUCACUUGAAGUCAAUAUGCAUCUUUUAUUGAUUUCACUGGGCUUUGAACUGGACCCUCAAACAGUUCACCCAAAUUAGGAAGUUUAACCUGAUAGUCUCCAUGUUGCUCUCCCACCUGGAAGCUAUUUUUUCCUUCYGUAUUAAUGUCUUGUCCUUAGCAACCAGACUGUUUAUCACGUGCCUUUUAUGAUACUUUGUUUGAACACAGAUUAGUCUGUAAUUAUGAAUAAUCCUGUUAAAUUUUUGUGGGUGUUUCAUGCUCACCAUCGUUUACUCUUCCCCUUCCCUUUUUCCCUUGUCAAGAAGCAGCAGGAUUUGGCAGGCAGAGCUGAGUGUAACACACUGGCUGUUUAUGUCAUGUUCAUAGCUCCUUGUUUUGCAAACACGUUCCUGAUGGUAUUUUCCAUGUACUAUGUACUUACAGCUUCUCCCUUGUUUUGGUAGCAUUCAUCUCUAGCAUUUGUUGAUACAGGUAUGUGCAUCUAUUUUUAACAGACACUUUCACUUUGGAGCGAUGCAGUGACUGGGCAUCUAGUGAAUGCUAACUUCAAAUUAAAUAGAUAUUGACUUGCACUUGAUUAGGGUCGAGUGGGAACAUGAUGAAACUGUCUUUUGCAAAACUGUUCUGCAGGGAAUUUUGCACUGCGUGGGUAACUUGGAGACAUUAAGUUGUUGCACAAAACCUGUACGUGUAGGGCUCUAUGAGCAUCUAGAGUCAGUGGAGGUCAGAGAGAGAAGUUAGUGGUUAUAUUCUGUGGUUUUCCACUUUUAAAAUGUAGUGUGUUUGACAACUGCCAGAUUAGUAACUCUGGAGAUUUCAAAUAUUUUUUAUUUAACCAGAGUAGUUACAGUUACACUGGCAAUAGCAAUAUUUUAAUAUUGCCGCAUAAUACCUCAUCCGGCCUCAAACGAUGUGCUUGUGUCRUCAGUAAGGUAGUUCAGUCAUGCUGACUCAGGCCCAUUCCAAGUUUCAUUUGCUGGCUUUGAUUUUUCUCUUCCCACAGUAAUAAAUGAGCUAGCCUGUGCCAGCUAUGUUGUAGAUAUCUGUUAAAUGGGGACAUCAUCACUUCACCUCCAACACAUUAUAAGUAGUUGUCCUUAUUAGCAUAGGGCUUAGAGGGUGAUCUAUACUUAACUACAUUAUUCUUAYAUAUUUCAGCAUGUGGGAGAAGAAUCUUGUAUAAUUUAAAAUAAAAUUAAUAAGAUUAACUGRUCAAGUCAAAAAAUAGAGAUAAUAUUCAAAUAAUAAUGCUGCAGUGUGAUACCAUCAUUUUACAAUGCAAAGUUUACCUGCUUAGUCUGGAUUUGUUAAGAACUUCAGUAAUCCACGCUGUAAACUUUUGAUGAAUAUAUUUAGGCAGUAUACCAGAAAUGGAUGUGAUUGAUAAUUUACAUGUAAAUUUGUUAUACUAUUGUUAUAAUAUAAAUAGUUUUAGUUUUUAAAGAGGUCGUUCAUUACUAUAUAGCAUAUCUUUAUAUAAGUUGUGAACUUAUAAGUCACUACUUGCCAGUUAUGUGAUUUGAGAUGUGACAUAUGUCUUUAAAGAUAGCUACGUAUAAAUGAUUUCAGAAUUUUGUUCCUGAUUUAUGAAAUCUUGAACCUGCUAAGCUGAUGCACUUCCUGAGUAGUUUAGAUUGUGCUAACGAUCCAAUGAGUGGUUGAUAUAGCCAGAAUUAAAAUAAGGAAACAGACUGUGUCAACAGCUAAUAUGUACCCAAGUCCUCCUAUCUGAAUCACCCUUGCUGAUUUAAAAUGAACUGAAUUGUCCUGUCAACAUAAAUGCAAUGACUGUUUUCAAACUAGGGCCAAGGAUAGCUGCAUAUGYGUUGACAAGUAUGCAUCUACUCUCACCAAGUUUGCAAUCAUUUCACUGCUUAGUCUCGUGGAUGUACACAGUGUAAUCAAGGACCCACCACGUUAUGAGAACACAUGAUGUUUGCCCUUGCCAACAAUGUCAAGUGAAACACCUGAGAGACUCUGCAGUCAGGUAGGGUAACAGGUUGUUGUUAGGGCUUGCUUGGUCACUGAGCCCCAUACCUGCUGUUUUAAACAAACUUAUCGAACUCUAACUUAAAAMCAGGCAAGCUCCUCAUCUUUUUCUUUCCAUCUCACUGCCCACUCCUCCUCCCUGGAAAUCACGUCCAUCAAGGAUAGUUACAUCUACUAGGAGCCUUGUGCGUUUGUUGGACAAGCAACUGAGAAGAUGCUGCAAAGGUGGGAACCUUUCCUCAUGAUAUCCUGGAUAAAGUCUUUCUGGUGCUCUUUAUGGCACUGCAAAUGUAUUUCUUGCUCUUGCUAGAGUGACAGACUAUAGCCCCAUGGCUCAUUUGUAGUUUGAGGUGAUUCAACAUUUGGUGUCUCAUUCAUUCUGGGUCUUUCUCAUCCUCUGCCUUUUUCAAAGGAUGAGUCUUUUUAGUCACCAGUCUCUUACCUAGGAGCAGUACCAUGUCCUCCUUUUUCUCCUAUUCCAAAUCUCAAGAUCACCCAUUUUUUCCAGUGAGCUAUUUCAGUAUUCACUAGCGAACUCUUUGAAGCCACCCUUAGCAACCACAGUGUGAGGUGGUAACUUCUCUUAUAAGAGCUUGAGCUCUCUGCUUCUCUGAAGCCAUCUUUUC